AUACUUGUUCCAUAUAGAUUUCCUCAAUUUUCUCAAAUCCCUCUUCAAAUUUCACACAAAAAAGCCCUAUUUCCCCCCUUCCUAGCACUCACUCUGUAUCUAUCUCGUAUUAUUAUAUAUCUAUCUCUCACACAUACCGCACAUAUAUUUAACCUAUCUUCUCUCUCUUCCAGAUGCGUUUUUGGGGUUUCUCUCUCUAGAACUCUCUCUCAUACACUCUGUUCCUCGUAAUAUAGUCCUAGAUUCUUCAUAUUUUCUUCAAUUUUACACCCUUUUUUGUUAGGGUUUCGGAUGGUUCGAGAAGACUGAGGUCGAAUUCACUGAUUUUGUCGCUUGAAAAGAUCGAAUUGAGUGAGGGGAAUCGAAGAUGACGUCAUCAGAUGUUGAAUUAGAGCAACGGAUUAAGGAAAUAGGGAAGCAGUUAUCUCAUCCUCCGGAUUCUGUUGAGGAAUUGCUCACUGUUCUUGAUAAAGUGGAGAAGCUUUUAUCGAAGGUUGACCAGUCGCCGAAAAGGUCGAUGAUUGAUGCGCUUAGACCGUCGAUGAGGGCGUUGAUUAAAGACGGUCUUUCAAAACAUUCUGAUGUUGAUGUGAAGGUUGCAGUUGCUUCCUGCAUAAGCGAGAUAACGAGAAUUACAGCUCCUGAUGCACCUUACGAUGAUAACCAAAUGAGGGAUGUAUUUAAGUUAAUUGUUUCUACGUUUGAGGGUUUAGCUGACCAGUCCAGCCGAUCUUACGCCAAAAGAGCUUCAAUUCUUGAAACUGCUUCGAAAGUCAGGUCAUGUGUCAUCAUGCUUGAUCUUGAAUGUGAUGCGUUAAUUGCGGAAAUGUUUGAGCAUUUUCUAAAAUCAGUAAGGGACUAUCAUUUAGACUCCGUUUUUCCAUCGAUGGAAAGUAUAAUGGUGUUGGUUAUAGAAGAAAGUGAAGAAAUUCCAGUUGAGAUGCUCAAACCACUACUUGCUCGAGUUAAAAAGGAUAACACGGAAGUCUUGCCAAUAGCUCGAAAUUUAAGCGAACAAGUGCUUGUGAAAUCUGCCGAAAGGCUAAAGCCUUACCUUCUGCCAGCUGUCACAGCUCUUGGUGAAUCUUUAGAUACGUACACUAAAGUUGUGACUGCAGUAUGUAAAGGCACAACUGCUACUAAUGAAAAUAAUGAUGAAAAUACUUCUGGGCUACAAGAGGCCGAUGAAAGCAAAUUGGAGAAGGGUUCUGUAGAUGAGACACAGCAGGCUGAUGAGAGUAAGCUUACAACGGCAGCAUCAGAUCAGACGGACCAGGUGGUAAAAGAGGCUUGUCCCGAAGAACAGGUAGAUCCUACGGUGGAUAAAUCUCCAAAAUCCGCUAUGAGUAACGGAGUAAACGUGACUGCUAACGAAGAAGCUUCAGUUGACCAAGAGUCAAAGAAAUCAGAAGAAGAUGUAAGUCAACCUCUUAAUAAGGAAGACACCGAUGAUUCGGAUACCGACAAGUUGGAAAAAGCAAAACCACAAACAGAACAUGAAAAAGAGUCGGAUUCUUCUCACGUUGAAGGUGAAAAGGAAAACGAAGGUGAAAAAGAUAAUGAUGUUAAAGAGUCGGUAAAUGAAGAGGAUAACGAUGUUAAAGAUGUUAAAGAGUCGGUAGAUGAAAAGGAUAACGAGGUUAAAGAGCCAGUAAAUGAAAAAGAUAAUGAGGAUAAUGAUGAUAAAGAGUCAGAAAGUGAAAAAGAUAAUGACGUUAAAGAGUCGGAAAACGAGGCAGCUGUUCCAUCUGAAACCGAAAAAGAUGACGCUCAAGUUUCUUCACCGAAAGCGAUAGGAAGCAAGCCUGCGGAAACUACAAACGUUUCAUCUCCUUCUCAAAGUAACAGCGUUCCAGACGAGAGGCCGGUUCGGUCUAAAAAGAAAAAGGUCGUACAAGAAGACGAAACCACUUCUCCAUCGAAUGGCGAGCUACCUCCUGAUGACGAGACCCUCGUGAAGAAUGUGGGCCGGACGAAAGGAGCGGGAAAGAAAGCGGUUAUUGCAAAAGAGGUUAAACUCCCGGAGACCAUAGACGAGUCGGACGAUGGUGACGCUACUAGUGAUUCAGAUGCAAAACCUCUGAAAAAGUCAGAACCGAAGUCAAAGUCAAAGUCAACAAAACAAUCGGGUAAGAAGUCAAAGCAGUCUGGUAAGAAAGUGGAGUCCAAACAGACCGGUAAGAAAGUGGAUGUGAAAGCAGACGAUAGCGAUUCCGAUGCUAAACCGCUGAAAAUGUCGGUUAAGAAAGGAGAGAAAAGCAAAAUUACCGUUGAAGAAGAGGAAAGUGAUUCGGAGAACAAACCGCUUAAGCUGUCGGCCAAAAGAAGUAGUUCAAAGAAGAAGGAUGCGGGAAAAAAACGUGGUAAUGGUAAAAAUGUUGCGGAAAAAGAGCAAGCAAAAUCACACUCAGAAGAUGAUGAGAUGGAUACUUCUCCAAAGUCCGUAAAAAAACCGGCUAAAGGGGAGGGAACUUCAAAAGAAACCCCUGUGACUAGUGCAAAACGGAAGCGUACAACUGUCAAAGAUAACACAUCUGAUACUAUAAAAUACGAUGAAAGCCUGGUUGGUACAAAAGUCAAAGUUUGGUGGCCCGAAGAUAAAAUGUAUUAUGAAGGUGUUGUCGAAGAAUUUUAUCCUGCUAAAAAGAAGCAUAAGGUCUCGUACGUGGACGGAGAUGAAGAGACGUUGAAUCUGAGAACACAAAGAUGGGAAAUUAUAAAAGAGUUUUCUCAACGAGAUGACAAGGAGCAAACCACCGAGGAUCAAAUUGAAGACGCUUCCCCUGCAACACACAAGAAGAAAAAAUCGAAAACCGAUCCCGCACCAUCCGCGUCACAAGAAAAAGUCAAAGAUGCAGCAAAGAGAGGUGUUGGGGCCUCUUCGUCUGGCAAGUCAAAGAAGGUCAAAGAUGCUGCCACCGCCUCCAAAGAAGCUGGAAAGUCAAAGGAAGACGAAGAGACGCCAAAAGCCGGUACCAAAGCCAAGACGGUCAACAAGUCAAAGGGUAAAACCCCUCCAAGUGGCAGCAAAUCCAACACCAAUGGGCCCACCAAGGCAAAAUCUGGUUCGUCGUCUAACGUGAAAGAAUCUGAUGAUGUGAAAACUCCAGAAAGCGGAAAGGGAAAGUCAACGGAGGCUCCUAGGGGCGGGUCAAAGAGCGGAAAGAAACGAAAGAAGAGGAACUAGUGGGUCAUUUGCUUGGUGUUUGUCGGAUAUAAGCAGUUGUUGACAGUAGUUGUUAGGGUUAAAAGUUAGUGAUUUUCAUGCUAUUGUUUGGUAGAAGAAGUAUUGGUUUUUAGUAGGGGUAAGAUAUUGUUAAAUUAUGAUUAUGAUUAGUAGGUUAGGUUCUGUUAUAAAGAGUUAGAUAGUGUGGUAGAUUUUUCUCUGUUGCGGAUUGGCAUUAUUUCUUGUUGACAUUUGUUCCACUCUUUUGUUUUAGUACCAUGUCGGGGUGUUGGGUUUUUCGGGUUUUCAUAAA